GAAAAUAAACAUUGAUCUGUUCUUUAUUUAAAUAACAAAAUAUGUGAAUUAUUAUAUUUAAAUAAACAACAACAUUCAUUUAAAUUUCAUUAAUCGAUAACAAGAUUAUAUUAAGUUAACUGUUCAAGACUAAAUAUUACCGUUUAUGAUUUCAUUUUACGUAGUUUAAGUACAAAGUAACCUUAUUGAUAUAAUUUCUCAAUGCAAAUUAUUUAUACAUAUAAAUUUGCCUAGAAUAUUGAUUAUUCUCUGAUCUUAAUGGUCCAUUUAUUAGCUUUUUUUUUUUAAAUUCUACUUUAUUAUUAUUUUCCUUCCUUUCUGCGGAUGAUGUUAACUACUUGCGGUGUAGUUAAACGUGUGCUUUUAAUUUUGAAAUACGGCCUUAUCGAACAAACAUAUGAUGCAAACGUGCCAGUCGUGACCAUUUCAUGCAUUUAUGAAGGAGUUUAAAUGCAUCUGUGUUUAACUAUAAAAUCCUAAAUUAAUAGACUGUAAGCAAUGUUGCAGUUAUUGCACCGAGGAAGGCAGUGUUUGCACCAAGCUGCUGUUGUUUGCAACAGCUGCAACCUGUUGCCUACCUUCACUGCACUUCCAUUCACAAGAACACAAAGAAACUUCCAAACAGAUUCUGUAUAUUUACAAAAGAACAAACCUGAACCUGAAAUUGACCUUCAAAAAAAUCCUUAUUAUGAGAAAUACACUGAAAAGUUGAAGGCACUCCAAGAAACAGACCCUGAAAUAUACAGUAAAAAGCUCGAGGAAUUAAAAGAGAGUUUAAAACCAAAAGCAGCCCCUGUUGUGAACCCUAAAACAAAAGAAAAGGUACAGAAGAAACCAACUGAGAAAAAAACAGUCCCUAAACUGGUGUUAAAUGAUAUUGUAAAAUUAGAGCUAUUGAGACAAGAAACACCUGAAAAUAUUGAAAAGAUUUGGAUGCAGUUCCACAGUGUCAAAGACUGCGUGUAUGGUGUCAUAAAGGAAAUGGAUUAUGAUGAAGUUAUGAGCAAGGCUAAACUGUGUCCUUCGUUUGUAUAUCCACUGCCACGUCAGGAUGGCUACGAGUUCUUCUACCAACAAUUUUCUGGAAGUGAAGUAUAUUUCACACCUGUGGCCCUCUUUCAGAAACACAAAGAGAAUGCUCCCCCCUGCGUCACAAUGCAGCAUUUUACUGAGCUGAAAAAGGAGAAAGGUUUGGUGCUAAUGUCUGGAGAUUAUGAUACUAAAAUAUUGGACAAAACAAAUGCCCUGAACCUGGCUCGACAACUCACCCUGUUCUAUGGUCGAAAUGCUGCCGAAAGGUUCACGCUGGUGAGGAUCUUCAACUACAUGCCACAGAAGUUUAAUUACAAUGACUUAAUUACAGAAUACAAAGGAUGUAAAAAGUUUCUAGAAUCAUCCAUUAUAGAGUGCAGCUGAGAUGAAGGGCAAGGUGCAUAUAUAUAUAUAUAUAUAUAUAGAUCAUCAUCGUUGGACGAUAUAUAUAUGAACUGUAAUGUCGGGUGGGAUCUAAAAAUUGCCAGCUUCUAGAAACAUCUGAAAAUCAUUUCAUUGUUAUAAAUUUUUAAAAAUAAAUUUUAAAAGAACAAAUUAAUAAAAUGUUUCAAA